ACUUAACACACCAACCGACCAACGGACCAACGAGAUCCUUACAAAUAUCAAUUAUCAAGAAUAAGUUAUGGUUAUGGUUAGAUUACAUGUGGAAGAUGCAGAGGUAGCGAUAGUAUACUGGUUCGUUCUAUUUAUUUCUCGAUUCAAAAAUCCAUUGCAACAUGGAAAUACUGGAAAUAACUCGCAACUUUGUCUUGGAGCCUAGAUUUAUACUGGGGUUCGGCUUAGGAAUUAGCUACAGUUUGUUCAAGUUCUUCCAAAAGAAAUGCACGUCUAAUUCGGAAAAAACGCAGGAUGAUGAUCAAAAUGAAAAUACGAUAUUCACAGAUAGUAACAGUAAUUAUAAGCUCGUCUUGGUCAUCAGAACCGAUUUAAAAAUGGGCAAAGGAAAGGUAGCUGCUCAAUGUUCACAUGCUGCGGUUGCAGCCUAUAAAUUGGCUAGAAGGUACCCAAAAAUAUUGAAAGAAUGGGAAGAUUGCGGUCAAGCCAAAAUUACAUUAAAGGUGGACAACGAAGCAGCUUUGAACGAACUGGCAAAGCACGCCAAAGCGGUUGGUCUUUUAUCUAACAUAGUACAAGAUGCUGGUCGAACCCAGAUCGCAUCUGGAUCUAGAACUGUUUGUGGGAUUGGUCCAGGCCCGGAAGAUUUAAUAGACCAGGUAACAGGACACUUGAAGUUAUUUUAAUGUUUUCAUCAAUAAAUAAAAAAUAUUCUAAACAAA